AUGUCAAACUCGACUUUACCCGCUCUGCCAAUUGUGGCUGUCGACCCUCCGAUGCUACGGGGCACGAAUGAAUAUGAGCAGAAACGGAACGCAAUUCAACAACGCUUUACGGACAGCAUACCGCUGGAACUUCGUCUGCCUCAAUCUGUCAUUGACUCAGCGCCUGCGAAUGUCACCGCAAUCCCUCGCGAGUGCGGUUUACUGAGUGAACGAGAGGUUGCCAUUACAGAACACUACGACGCCGUAGCGUUGGCUGGGGCUAUAGCGACCAAGAAGUACACCGCUUAUGAGGUUGCCGCCGCAUUCUCUAAGCGGGCAGUUAUUGCGCAUCAACUUACCGCAUGUCUUACAGAAUGGUUUAUGGACGAGGCUCUUACCCGCGCUAGAGAACUCGACAAUCAUCUGGAGUCAACCGGCCAGACGGUUGGUCCUCUGCAUGGAGUGCCAAUCAGCAUCAAGUCGAUUUUGCCGCUCAAAGGCCAUUUAGUUGAUUUAGGGAUUCUUAGCACGCAGACAACCGUGGAUUUUGACAGUCACGCUGUUGCUAUUCUUCGUGAUGCCGGUGCGGUAUUCUACUGCAAGACGAACCAGCCUCAGCUUGUCAUGCAUUUGGAAAGCGCCUCAUUUCAUGGCCGCACGCUCAAUCCGUACAACUCCAAGCUCUCAUCGGGCGGAUCGAGUGGUGGCGAGGCGGCACUCCUCGCCAUGGGUGGAUCAAUCCUAGGCGUUGGCAGUGAUAUAGGCGGCAGCAUACGAGGGCCAGCUGGCUUCUGCGGUUUAUACGGCUUCAAACCCACAAGCAAUGUUCUGCCAAGGAAAGACGGUAUGAUUGCAGAGUUCGCAGCGGAGUUGACCAUUCCAAUCUGCAUUGGGCCUCUGUCGAGAUCGCUGCGCGACAUGGACUUGUUCAUGUCUGUCAUGUCAGCUUCGAGCCCUUGGCACGUUGAUCCUCGCCUGAUACCCAUCCCUUGGAUAGAUAUUUCCACACACGUGGCGCGGUCCGGCCCUCUAAAGGUCGGCUUUAUGAUGAAUGAUGGUGCCAUUCAAACCCAGCCGCCCGUCGCCAAGGCCCUGGAGUGGGCUCGCAGCAGAUUGCAAGACGCGCCGGGCAUUGAAGUGAAGUCUUUUGAGCCGCUCCGCACUGCGGAAGCUAUCAAGAAUACACGAAUAGCUUAUUGGCCAAGUGGCGCAGAAGACCUGCGCAACAUGCUCGUCAACAGUGGUGAGCCUUGGAUGGAGCUGUCCGAAUAUGUCAUCAAAGACGCAGUGGAGAAUCCGACUCGCGGCGCAGAUGGCAUGCUGCAGCUGAGAACGACACAGGAAAGAUUCUGGUUUGACUGGACAGCGCACUGGAAAACACAAGACGUGGACAUACUGAUCUGUCCGGUCUAUGCCGGCCCUGCGCCCAGCCAUGACACUGCGCGGUACUGGAAUUACACCGCAUUCUGGAACUACCUGGACAUGCCUGGUGCUGUGCUCCCUACUCCUAUUGUCGCAGGUCCGAAAGGCACGGAGAGUUACACGGAUAAUGAGCCACUGAGCAAGCAGUGCGAAGAUAUGCGACAGCUGUGGGAAGACGGUGACUUUGAGGGUGCUCCGGUUGGCAUACAAAUUGUUGCCCCCAGAUAUCAUGAUAAUGAGCUGUUUCAUGCCCUAGAGCAGAUGAAAGAGUUUCUCCAAGUUAAAUAG